UUACGAAAUAAACCGACUACAAAAGUCUCGACUCUAAUCACACUAUCUGUGCAGAGUAUUACAACAGAAAAGCUAUAUCUCUAAAAAGUCUAACAAAAUUAAAGGAAACUACAUUCAACCUAAGGUUUAGCACACGGCAAUCCUGGAUAACAACAUCGCAGGCUGGAUCAACUGAAGAACUACCCGGAUCUUGAAGCUUGGUUAAAAGCUCCAUCAAAGUUUAUCUUGACGAAAUUGGGCGGAGGAGGUUGCCACUGAACCAUCACAUUUCGAUGUCCAGCAGGGCUUUUCUCAUGUCGCAGUGCUUCUUUGCACUCAAGGUAUCUCUCUAAAAUGUUCAGUGUCUGAACCUCUCUUGCUGGCUUGAACAUACAAUUCAAAUGUUAUGCCAGUUCAUUUGCAUUUGAUUUGACCUUAAAGACGAUAGCGGAGUCGGAAAGAGGUACCGAUGUGGUUACGUUGUACAAAAUCGCUUUGCCACUUAGAAGCCUUGAGAAAGUCUUCCAAAUCACCAUGGAUUUUUUCGUCGUUACUCUAUUGUUCGGACACUGCUCAUACGAAAGCAAAGUCUGCUCCUUUACAGGAAACCAGAAUGAGAGAUAGGAUUACACUAAAUGCUAAGGGAGGUGAUGGUGGGAAUGGUUGCUCCAGCUUUCGACGUAGUAGACAUGAGACUCGAGGCAGACCUGAUGGUGGGAAUGGAGGAAGAGGGGGUGAUGUGAUCUUAGAAUGCUCGCCUACAGUUUGGGACUUCAGCGGUUUGCAUCACCAUGUGAAUGCAGCAAAAGGGGGUCAUGGAGGUUCCAAGUGUAUGAUAGGAACUCGGGGAGACGAUAAGGUUGUCCGAGUACCUAUUGGCACCGUUAUUCAUCUUUUAGAGGGUGAGCUUCCAUCUCUACCAGUGAAAAAAUGUUCUACAACGGACUUGGAUCCGUGGGAACUUCCCGGCGCUCUUCUUACCGACGAACCAGAUUCUCAGCUGCAAUCUGUCUCGGAGAGCACAGUCGAAGUGGAGGAAGUGGAGUCAUUGGAGAGUGCUGGUGCCCUGUUUACUCAAGGUAAAGGAACUGGGGCCGAUCAAGUGGACACACGAGACACUCCAUCUGAGUCAGCAUGCGAGGAACAUGUGCAAUACAAUGUCGCUGAAUUAACAAAGCCUGGUCAGCAAAUAAUUGUUGCCCAUGGAGGGGAGGGCGGUCUGGGUAAUGUAUCUUCUUCCGAUGUUCCAAUGAAAGCUAAGAUUGCUAAGCCCAGAGCUAAGAAGGAUAUUAAGCCCUCUGUUCCAGAAUUGUCCAGUGAGGCUCAGUCCUCUGUUAGGAUCGGCUGCCCUGGCUCCGAGUCUGUUCUUGUAUUGGAACUCAAGAGUAUUGCUGAUGUGGGCCUCGUCGGAAUGCCAAAUGCAGGUAAAAGUACUCUUCUGGGAGCGUUAUCCAGGGCAAAACCGAGAGUAGGCCACUAUGCCUUCACAACUCUCAGACCGAAUUUAGGAAAAUUGAACUUCGAUGAUUUCUCUAUCACAGUGGCCGACAUUCCAGGACUUAUAAAGGGGGCUCAUGUGAAUCGUGGACUCGGGCAUGCUUUCUUACGACAUAUAGAACGUACUAAGGUUUUGGCUUAUGUGCUAGAUUUGGUUGCUGGCUUAGACGGUAGAAAAGGACGUCCGCCGUGGGAACAGUUAAAAGAUUUAGUCUUGGAACUUGAGCACCAUCAAGAAGGCCUCUCGGACCGACCUUCGUUAGUUGUGGCAAAUAAAAUCGACGAGGCAGGUGCUGAAGAAGUGUUUGAAGAACUUAAAAGAAGAGUAGUGUCUGUUCCUAUAUAUCCAGUUUGUGCUGUCCUGGAAGAAGGGGUACACGAACUGAAAGCUGGUCUUAGGGUGCUUAUGGAUAAUGAAAAAUCGCGAAAACUCGGUUUAGAUGAAAUUGAUUGUUCAUGAUAAAUUUCAUACAAUACAAGAACUAUUUUGCUGAUGAUAAGGUAUAGAAGAUUCAUUACCUUGGGAAGUUUUAAGUAUUUCAUAAAUUUUGUUGCUGUAACAUAUAAAAUAGGCAGAUAAAAUUUGGAGAGCUUAGUGCAAUUCGUUUAAGGGUUAAUUACAAAAUAAAUUAUAAACUUUAA